AUGGUGAUCACCACCGUACUGAGAAACAUCAAAGAUACUGGAUAUCCACUAAGAGUCCAUGUUUGGUCUCUCCUAUCAGCGAACGUGAUCGAACUUGCGUUUGUCGACCUGGCCAUGGUGGCCAGUACCGCGGUGACAGUGCCACUCCACAAAGCAAUCAGGCGCAGCAAGGGUUUACUUAGAUGGGGAAUGGGAGGCAUGAUUGUGCAGAGCUUAUAUCAAUUUGCGUGGCUUUCAUUCUGGGUCAUACUACCAUUCAAGCUCUACUGGACAUGGACGUCUCAAGUGUUCUUGACCCUCCAUUGCCUAGUGUUUUUGAUGAAGAUGCAUUCAUAUGCAUUUUACAAUGGACAUCUAAGUGAAACUGAGCGUCGAUUAUCAGCCCUGGAUAAACCACAGGCCAAAGCCUACCCAGCUGCAGUCCAUUACCCGAGGUCUCCAUCCGUAGCUGACGGCGCAAACCCAGCGAUUGGCGAUGCAGAUUCGCCUGAUUCUGAACCUGACACUAAACGGGAUGUCGGGAAAUUGAGAGCAGACCUAGCUAUGGAACUAACCUCUCCACUUGGCCGUGUCACCUAUCCUCAGAACCUCACUUGGAAGAACUAUAUUGAGUUCAUUUUCUUUCCAACUCUUUGUUACGAAUUGGAAUAUCCACGAACUAAGGAUAGAAGCUGGAUCGAAGUGCUCAUCAAAGCUGCGGCAGUGUUUGGCUGCAUCUUCCUAUUAACCCUAACCAGUGAGGAAUUUAUCGUGCCUGUUCUGAGCGAUUCCGCAUUUAGACUUCGCACAAUUCCAUCACAUUUCGAAAGGGGCUUGAUCCUUGCUGAAACAAUCAGCAUGCUCCUCUUCCCGUUUAUGGUGACGUUCCUACUCGUUUUCCUUGUGAUAUUUGAGUACGUAUUGGGGGCAUUUGCCGAAAUCACACGGUUCGCAGACAGGCGGUUCUACUCUGAUUGGUGGAAUUCUUGUGACUGGCUGGAAUUUUCGAGGAAAUGGAAUCUCCCAGUCCAUCAUUUUCUUCGGCGCCAUGUCUACUUCUCUUCACUAACACGCUUCUCAGCUCCGGGUGCAAUGGCAAUUACAUUUCUCGUUAGCUCAAUUGCACAUGAGCUGGUGUUGGUAUGCAUCACUAAAAAGUGGCGUGGAUACGGCUUUUUUGCAAUGAUGAUGCAACUACCUAUCGUGGCAGUCCAGAGAUCGAAGUUCGUGAAGGGACGAAAGACUUUUAACCUAAUUCUCCAUGGAAAUUUAGAAUAUUUGUUUCUGGACAUCUAUGAUCCUUGGGUUAUCGUUGAUCCUGUUUACUAA